UUUAGUUUUCUUUAUUUUUUGUCCUACAAAGAUUUUCUAAUAUCCAUUUUCAUAUAAACAUGACUUUUUCACAUGAUAUGAAAAGUUGUCGAGAUAUAAAUCCUCUGGCACCAUUUUCGACAAUCAAUAGUGCUCAAAUGGCGAAUGACGUUGACGCUUUAAAAGUAGCGGAAAAAUUGACCGAUGAGAAGAAGAAAAGAUCAAUCUUUCGUAAUGUUAGCUUUUGAAUUGAACCUUCUAAAGGUGAAGCUAACUAUUGCACAAUUUAUAAACCACAAAAGGUUAGUUCAGAUCCCGCAGAAGAACGAAUUAGUGAUCCUUACUGGCUUAAUCAUAAAUACAAGGAGAUGCUACAUGAAUGGGUAGCUGAAAGGAGACAACGUGAAAGUGGAGCAUUUGACAUGUAUUACACUCACAAGGACAAAGGUUGCAAGUAUCAAUCAAUUGUGCAGGUAAGAAAUUAUAUAUUCGAAGGUUUUGAUAAGCUGAAGAUGGAAGUGGAUCAAGAAACUAAUGAAGUAAGAGAGGUUGGAGUUGUUAAGAAAUGCUCCAAGAAAAGAAAAGGAGAAUGUUCCAUCUUGAAGAGGGAGACUGCAACAAAGAAACAGAAAAUCAACAACUAUGAUACGAGGGAGGUAAAAAAGUUUCUUGGUGAAGCAAGGAACAACCUUUUGAAUAGGUAUUUCAAAUACAAAAACAAGGAUAUUGGAAUGUCAAAAGAAGAAUCCUCCAAAAAAUCAAAAAUAGAAUCGUCAAUCUUGGGAGGAAAGACUGAAACAAAGGACCAAAUAAGAAAAUUCAUAGCAAAGGAAAAUUACAAGAAGGAAUAUUUCCCGAACAAUCUAAAUUGGUGUUGGGAUCACAACGUUCAAAACGAUGACUGCAACGAAGGAUGGAGAGAUAUUGGAGACUAUAAUUUAGUUUUGUUAGUUGAAACUAUUUGUUCCCAAAGUGCUUGAUGAAUUUCUUGAAAGAAAUCACUUUAAGUUUGUUCUAUCCAUGGGUUUUUGAAAACAAGAUCUUAGUUGAUAUAUUUUGCUAUAUUAUAGUAAUUAUGUUUGUUCGGAUGACUAUAACAGUUGUUUCAACAACUUCAGUGGUGAAUCCUCAUAUUCGGAGGACAACAGACAUGAGCUUGUCCGAACAACUCAACUCAGUUAGAGCUUUUUAAAUAUAGUAGUAGAAUCAAUUUUUUUUGGAUUAUUGAGUUUAUCUCUGAGUUAUCACUAAACUCUUAGUAUAUUUUAUAUAUUCAUAUUAAUUGGGUUUCUCCCCACUCCAGAUAGCCACUGUUUUAGCUUCUUCAUAGUUCAUUUAUAUUUAAUUAUUUUUUGGUAUGCUUAUGAUAUGUUGGGUACAUGGUUAGGUUGGGUCACUCGUGAUCCUUGGUCCCGUAUUAUGUCAAGAGGUAGUUUCCUGUAUAUAUUCAUCUAUCUAGCUACAUAUGUUUAUUGUUAGAUGGAAGGUCUCAAAAUUACCUCCAACAUGUAUGAAUCUAUGUAAUGCGCCGAAUUGGGAUUUACUAACUACUAAUAUCGUGAAUCCUCCAUUUUAAU